GUAAAAAUGCCAAGUAAGGCAGCGGUUAGGGAAAUUUUAAGGGGCAAAAAAUAUAUUAUUAAUAAUAAAAUAAAUACAAACACACAUUUCAAUAUACGGGUUAGGGAGUCUUUAACCGCUGCUGAGCUUAAAUCUCGCUCAGACCUCGUUAAACAAUGUUUUAAAAUGCGUAGUGAGCACCCCGGUGCUGACUAUGUCAUUUAUGCCUCUAAUAUAAUUUUGAGAAGUGAGAUAGACAAUUUCAAAAAAACUCUUCCAAAAAACUAA